AUGGCCAGCAACGUUUACCAGCUAAAAUUUGAGAGUUUGCUCGAGGAAUUCAAAAAGACAUUGAAGAGAAGAGAACGAGAAACUUUUAGGAUUACCACAUUCAAAGAGCUAGAAAAUACCAUUGGGGAUAUACAAGCUAGGCAACACUCGGAACGACGGCCACAGAACCUAAAUCGCUUGAAACCUUUCUUAGAGGCAGUCAGGCAGUUUGAAAAUGUGGUCAAGGUAUUCUUCAGUAAUGAUGAAAUUGUCCCUUUUAUCUGGGGGCCCAUCAGGUUCUUGUUACAGGUAGUAAGCGCGGACACUGAGGCCUUCAGCGAACUUCUUGGCAUAUACGAAAGCAUUGGAGAGAACCUGCCACUUCUUUUACAGUAUAAGAAUUACUUCAGUGCCAACCCUCAAAUGGGUCGAAUUAUAUUCCCCAUAUAUGAGAAAAUCCUCGAGUUUCACCACAUUGUACUGGACUAUUUUCAGCAGCCACAAUGGAAGCAGCUUUUCAAAGUCACAUGGAACACGCUUAAAUUUCGCUUCUAUAGUAUCGUUUCCGAAAUAGGUCGAUAUAGAAGCCUCGUUGAGAGUGAGGCCAGCCCCAGUCAGAUUGAAGACUUUCAUGAGUCUCGGCGAACAGAAGAUCGUCGAUUCGAAACCGAAAUGAAGGAUGAAGAUUUAAGACGAUCCGAAGCCGUAUACGAAUGGCUGAGGGCAACGAAUAUCGACACUGAUCACUAUCGUUUUUCCGAGAUCCGAAAAGAUAACCCAGGCACUGGACAAUGGCUCUUGGAAAAUCCGACCUUCAAAAAGUGGUUUGACCCACAAUUUCCUGCAAUUCCGCCAUUACUCUGGCUCAGCGGUCUACCUGGAAAGAAUGUUCUCGCCUCCCUUGUCAUAGAGGAAGCCCAGAAGCUCACGCCCACUCCGUUAGUGUUGUUCUUUUACUUCAAACGCAAUGACUCCGAUCGGAACAAUUUCCCUGCACUUGCUCGGAGCCUCCUCGCACAAUUCCUCAAACAGGAUAGAGGCCUGUUGCUCUAUUUUUACAAAAAGUGCUAUAGCAGUACCGAAACGGAACUUACUUCGCCGUCUCUGAUUGAAGAGCUUUUAAACUUUGCUUUCAAAAAAUGCAAAAGUGCAUACAUCGUCCUUGAUGGCCUGGACGAGUGUGCAAGAGAAGAGCGAAGUAGAAUUACACAGUGGUUCCGGAAAUUAGUAGAGGAUCUUCCUACCAGUGAACCUGAAAAAUUGCGCUGUCUUUUGGUCAGUCAAGACGAUGGCGUUGCUCGAAAGGAUUUUUCUGGGAUUACCAGUAUCAAGUGUUGA